AUGGAUUGUAGAGGAUACAAUCAAUUACUGAAUGUAACUGCAGAUAUGGCUGGAGAUGAGUCCAGUGUACGAGUUGCAGUCAGAAUACGACCGCAGACCCCGGCGGAAGUUGUGGAAGGAUGCGGCGUGUGUGCGCGCGCUGGCGGCGAAGCCGGAGAUGGCGGAAUCGCACUUGGCUCCGAGCGAGCCUUCACAUUUGACUACGCCUUCGAACCUUCCGCCACCCAGGAGGCGGUUUACGAAACCUGCGUCAGGAAGCUUGUGGAGGCCGCACUCGACGGAUAUAACGCUACUGUGCUGGCUUAUGGACAGACAGGCUCCGGGAAAACGUACACAAUGGGCAGUGGAUGGGAGGGUGAAGGCGACGGUGAUGAGUUCCGGCGCGGCAUCAUCCCGCGUGCAAUCCGGGAUCUUUUCGCGGGCGCCGAACAGCGUGCCGAAGCAGCGCGGGCACAGGGAAAUUUGCCGCCUGAAUUCUCCGUUCAGGCUCAGUUCAUCGAGCUCUAUAACGAGGACAUCGUCGAUUUGCUUGACCCCGCCAAGGACCCAUUUGCUAAGGGUGCACUCAGGAUAACAGAAGACGGAUGUGGCGGAGUAAGGGUCGUUGGAGCAUCUAUGCGAGCAGUGAGAGGCGUCCACGAUGCACUAGGAGCAUUGCACGCUGGCGCACUCGCUAGAACCACCGCCGCUACCAACAUGAACUCAUCCUCUUCUCGAUCUCAUGCGGUAUUCACUUUGCUACUGCGCCAGAGGCGACUGGCUACCGACCAGGACACAGUGGAUCGAGACGCGGAGGCGGACACACCUGAACAGUACGAAACACUAACCGCGAAGUUCCACUUCGUUGAUCUGGCUGGCUCUGAGCGUCUCAAGCGAACAGGUGCGACAGGCGAACGAGCUCGUGAAGGUAUAUCGAUCAACUGCGGGCUCUUAGCGCUGGGAAAUGUGAUAUCGGCAUUAGGAGACAAGUCCAGGAAAGUGCUCCAUGUUCCGUACCGGGACUCCAAGCUCACCAGACUGUUACAAGAUUCUCUCGGAGGCAACAGCAACACGGUAAUGAUUGCGUGCGUGUCGCCCAGCGACCGCGACUUCAUGGAGACGCUGAACACGUUGAAAUACGCGAAUCGGGCUCGUAACAUCAAGAACCGGUGCGUGGUGAACCAGGAUCUCACGUCCAGGACCAUCAACCAACUAAGACACGAGGUCGCCAGGUUGCAGCUGGAGUUGGCCGAAUACAAACAGGGUAAACGCGUCGUAUCCGAAAAUGGCGAAGAGGGAUGGAGCGACGUGGUACAAGAGAACGCGAUCCUGACCAGCGAGGUUGAAUCACUGCGGCGGCGUGUGAAGGCCAUGCAGGACACCAUCGAGCAGUUGUCGGCGCGCAACAGCGAGCUGCUGGCAGAGAAGGCGCUGGCCACGUGGGCGCCGCGCGACUCCAGCCCCGACGCCACGGACUGCUCACUCACCACGCUCGUACAGGGGUACGUGAGCGAGAUAGAAGAUCUGCGUGCACAACUUAUGGAAGCAAAUGCACUAUAUGAAGCCAGUCGGAAGCGAGAAGCACGCACGCGCCACGAAUCUGUGCACGACCCAACUUCAAUACUCGACGACGCUAAACGAGAAUUGUACAAGGAGAAGGAGCUCUUGGCGCGCAGCAUGGGCGAGCUAGAGUUCCAGCGCAAGCUCUCGACGCAAGUUAGCGAGGGUGGGGAGGGCGGUGAGGCGGAGGGUGAAGUCGAGGAGGAUGCGCGACCCAUCGGCGAACGCGAGCGCGCGGAGGGCGAGAGUGCCGGCGCCUCCGAGCCCUCCGACCAUGACGAUGACGAGGUCUCCGAUGACGAGCGCAACGAAGCGAUCGAAGCAGAGACCGCUGGUCAACGCAUGCUAACAGCCGAGUUGGCAGCGCUGAGCGAAGACAUCGACACGAAGGCGCGGCUCAUCGAGCAGCUGGAGGCAUCGCAGCGGCGGCUGGCUGCCUUGCGCACGCACUACGAGCAGCGUCUUGAUACUCUCCACCACCAGAUCAAGGCCACCGGGGAAGAACGCGACAAAGUGCUUGCUACCCUCGCCGCGCAAUCGUCGCCCCCGAGCGAGAAGCUGAAGCGAGUGAAGGAGGAGUACGAGCGGCGGGUGGCGACCAUGUCGCGCGAGCUGCGGCGGCUGCAGGCGGCGCAGCGCGAGCACGCUCGGCUGCAGCGCGCGCAGGGACACACGGCGCAGCAGAUACAAACGCUGCGUGCCGAGCUGACUAACCUCAAGCGCGACAAGGUCAAACUCGUACAGCGCAUGCGGUCGGAAGCUAAACGACAUGCUCAAGCAGAGGCAGCUAGAGCCAAGGAGGUGGCACAGCUACGUAAGGAAUCUCGUAAAAAUGCCAAUUUAAUACGUUCAUUGGAAGCAGAAACGAAGUUAAAAGAACAGGUAUUAAAACGUAAGCAAGAAGAAGUGUCAUUGCUAAGGCGAGGCUAUAGAGAUAAACUAAGCAGCAAAGCGGCGGGUCGACUGCAUGAGGGCGGGCGCACACGCACACGCAGUCGCGUGAGCGCGCGCGAGGCCUGGGCGCGGCUGGAGUGCUGGCUGCUGCGGGCGAGCGCGGCGCGCGGCGCGCUGGCCGAGCUGGAGGCGACGCUCGAGCACCAGCUGCGUCGCCGCGACCGCGCCCAGGCGCGCCCGCACCACCCCGACACGCCCGCGCUGCUCUCGCACCUGCGCGAGGCCAUCGCCGACACCCAGCACCAGAUCAUGCAGAUCGAGGAGGAGAACGAAGACAACGAACUACCUCGUCUACUGGAGCAAGUGCAGACCGCAGAAGCGGGCCGCUACGCACUGGAGAGGUUAAUCGCGCUAACGCUGCAAUACGCACAGGACGCCGCCAGGAAUUUGCGCAUGUUGAGGGACACCCGAGCACAGCUCAUAGAGGCGGAGCAGAAGGUGGAGCGGCUGGGUGAGGGCGAGCAGCAGCUGGGCGCGUGGGGCGUGGCGCCGCCCGCGCUGGCCGCGCUGCUGGCGCACGUGUCCUCCGGCACCUCCACGCGCUCCGUCUCGCCCACUGACAGUGCGCUGCUUGAACGGCCGCCGGUAAAUGGCACACGGGAAUCGAAUACAGCACCCGCUUCACCGCCUGAUGACAACAGCAGUUCGCCAUUUCAGCGGAAUACCAGUGGUCGUCGUGGGUCAGUGCGGCUGCGAGACCUGGGCGUGUUCGGUCGCGAGGAGGACCCCAUGUCGCAGUCCAUGGUGGAGAGCGCGCCGCCGCGGCCCGCGCCGCUCAGCCGCGUGCCCAGCGCGCCCGGCAGCCUGCGAGGGUUGACUCCCGUUAACUGCGCGCCGCUGUCGUCGCCGCUGACGAGCCGCCGGCCCGCGCCGCCCGCGCCGCCUGAGAGCCCGCGCCCCGUGCGCCGCCAGCACAGCCUCGCAAAGCCCGCCUCCUUGGAGACAAGUGGAGGCGGGAACACCGUGCUGGGGGGGACUCCGCCCGCGUCUCCUGGUGCAGCGCGACGAGCACGCGACGAUGACGUGUUCCUUCGUUUGACUGGAGCUGCCCAUGACAACUCUCCACAAGGUGUCAUUAGAGAACUGCCUUUGAAGCAACGUAUUAACAUGAGCGUCGGCGGUAGUAGCAACAGUAGUAGCGGUGCAUGGUUGCAGUGCACACACGUGGCGGAGGGACACGUCGGCGCCACGCUUGCAUUAGCUGCCACGCUUGACCUAUUGUAUAGCGGCGGAGUAGACCGCACGGUGCGCGGGUGGGACACGCGCGCGGGCCGCGAGGCGUGGCGCGGCUGGUGCGGCGGCGCCGUGUGUGCUCUGGCCGCGCCCGCCGCCGACACCCCCGGCCUGCUGCUGGCCGCCGCCGGCCCCACGGUCAGGAUCUUCGACGCACGCCUCGGCACGCCCGUCGCCACGCUCUGGUCUUCAGGGACAACAGGCGCGGCUGCAUCAUCGCGCGGUGAAGUAGCGGUCACCGCUCUCGCGGCAGUUCCGCCGCAUCGGCUAUAUACCGCGGCUGGAGACAGACUGCGACUUUGGGAUUUGCGGAUGAUGGAGUGCGCGAGCAAAUGGUGGUCGGGGCACGCGGCGGCGGUGAUGUGUGCGGCGGGCGCGCGCGUGGCGCACGGCGACCGCCUCGCCACCGGCUCGCGCGACCACUGCGUGCGCCUGCUCGACCUGCAGCCCUCACACACCGGUUCAUGGGAAGCAUCCAACCGACGGCUUCUAGAGCCACCUCACUAUGAUGGCGUGCAAGCACUUGUACUGAGCGGAGACUUUCUUUAUAGUGCUUCGAGGGAUUCUAGCCUUAAGUGUUGGAAUCUAGCGGAUGAUAGCCUAACCCAUAGCGUGAUGAACGCGCACAAGGGGUGGGUGACGGGUCUGUGCGGCGUGGCGGGCGGCGGGCUGCUGGCGAGCGUGGGGCGCGACCAGGCGCUGCGGCUGUGGAGCUGUGCGCUGCGCGCCGCCGCGCCGGCCGCCGCGCUGCCCGACGUGCCGCACGCGCUGGCCGCCGCGCCCGCCGCCCGCGCGCUCUACACCGCUGGCAGGUAA